UGACGCUUGCAAAAAGCACGGAAAAAUGCGGAAUUUUCUACUUGGAAUUCGCAUCUGCACUUUCCCCAAUAGUACCACUUUUUAUGAGCUAGUUUUGACCUGGUAAAUUUGGCACGUGCCGUCCAGGCAAACCUUAAAACACAAACUUAAAAAUUCCACUCGUGCAAGGUAUGGAAUAAGUACUUUACUUAAAAUUAUUGAAGUAGUGCCUGCUUGCAACAUAACGUCACAAAAGCUGGUAUAAAAACUUGUAAUACAGCCGCAAGACAUCGCCAUUGCGAGGUACGACAAAUCGGCAGCAAAAUCCGCAACUGAAUUCUACUAUUGUUUAUGAUUUCAAAACUGGUCGACAUGGAUUUGUGUAAAAUUUUGUUGUAUUGCCUCACGCUUUCUUUUUCGACAUUGACAGCUUCUGCAGUGUUGCGGAACAUUGAGUUCGUGAACAACUGCAACCAACCGAUCUGGGUAGGAGCCCAGGGGAAUCCUCUGCCCUUCAAAGGCGGCUUUCAACUGGACGCCAAAAAAUCCGCGGUCAAGCAGAUACCCGGCAACACCGAAGCCGCUCGUUUCUGGCCGCGUACCGGCUGUCGCACCGAGAAUGGCAAGUUCAUCUGCCAGACCGGCGACUGCGGAGCCCCGCCAAAUAAAUUCGGCAUGGAGUGCAACGGCAUCGGUGGACAACCCCCGGCCACCCUGGCCGAGUUCACCUUUCUGGAAGGCGCCAACCAACAUGACUUCUACGACCUGAGCAACGUCGACGGUUACAACGUCCCCAUGAAGAUUGAACCGGUGGGCGGGAGCAAAGCACCCGGUGCACCGGUGGACAAAUUCAACUGCGGCGCUCCUAAAUGCACCAUGGAUCUCAAUAAGUGUCCAGCGGAGUUGAAAAUGAAUAAAGCCGGCACAGUGGUGUGCGCGUCCAUCUGCGCCGCCGUCAACAAUGCCGAACAGCGCGCUAAAUUCCCUGCGCUGAAGGCCAUCUUUGACAAUCCCGAAAAGCGGGCGUUGGUAUGCUGCGAGUGUCUGUGCCCGCCGAAUAGUGGAGAUUGUAACUGCAAGAAUCCCAAGAGUAAGUACUGCUGUUCGCCAUACAAUAAGCCGUCAGCAUUGGAAAACGGAGGCAAGUGCCGUGUGGAGGACUGGCCGCUGUCUUCCGCGAAGGAACGCUACGAUGCGGUUUUCAAGAGUGCGUGUCCGGAUGCGUACAGCUGGCAGUUUGAUGAUCAUCAGAGUACAUACGUCUGUGCUAAAGCAAAUUAUCGCAUCACUUUUUGCUAAUUGUACUCCAGCAUGAAAGUUUCUCCGCCACUGUAUUUUUGUAUACAGGUACAUCGUUGUUUUGCUUGUUUCAGUGCUUUUAUGCUGUUAUGAAGAACGACUGCAUGCUAGUUCAGUCAGAUCGAGAUGCACUGCAGUUAAGAAUUAUUGUCAUUAAUUAAGACCAAAAAGACCCUACGUAAAAAUUAAAUUGUACAAGAAGCUCCCUGUUGCACAUGGCCAGUGGUACAUUAUUGUUGCAAAUGCCGUUAUUAAAUAAAGGUCAA